AUUCUUGCAGAAUACAAUUAAAUUCAGAUUAUUGAAGAGCCACUUUUCUUACCAGAUUCGAAUUCGAAUUGCUGUUUGUCACCGAAUCAGAUUAGGACCGAGGUCUUUGGCCACCCUAUAAGUACCACAGAAACCAGCCUUUCCUGCGAUCUAACAAACGUUGCAGCUUUCCAACCUUCUGCCAGCACGCCUCAUCUUCAGAAAUCUCAUCGUCACCGUUGCAGCCCUCGUUUUGGUCAUCCGUAACUUUGCACAAAAGGCAAUUCAUGUUCUGCGAUUGCUCCAAUGGAGGUCUCCUGCAAAGCCACGGCGAAGCAAUUUCUGAACCUAUCUGUACAACCGAGAAAUCUGUCCGCUCUACUCGUGCAAGCUUUACCUAAGUUGAUGUGUCUCCGUCCUACUUUACACAAGAAAUUCAGCAUUGAUCCACCACCCAUGGACGCUACAUUACCAGAGUUGCCACAGGACAUACUGAUGGAUAUAUUUACCCAGCUGGAGAUCCCCGACCUUGUACGUGCUGCCUCUGUCUGCCCCUCCUGGUGCUCCGCGUACACCAGCCUAUGCAACCUUGGACAGUACAAACAGUCCCAGACGCCAUGCCUGCUCUACACUUGUGGAACUGACAGUGAGAGCGACGCGCGCCUCUACAACCUCGCGGAGAAGAGGUCAUACAAGUUAACUCUCCCGGGGCCGCCAAUCCGCAGUAGAUAUCUGAUUGGAUCCUCAAAUGGCUGGCUGGUUACUGCUGAUGAUAGGUCUGAAAUGCACCUUCUCAAUCCUAUCACCGUGGAACAGAUUGCUCUUCCAUCCGUGAUCACCCUCGAGCCGGUAGCACCCAUUCUCGAUGAAACGGGUGCCGUAUACAAGUAUAAUUUCUGGAAUCGUGCCACACGCCCACCUACGACCUUUGCUCUUGAUGAACUACGGAGGUACCUCCACCGCAAGGCAUUUGUUUUUUAUGAUACAUCUGCAAAACGUUAUAUCGUGGUGCUCAUCCACAAUCCAGAAAGACAGCUAUCUUUUUCUUGGUUAGGGGACGACAAGUGGACCUUGCUGCCAACACCGAAGGGCAUCUUUCAUUUUCAUGACUGCGUCUACAUGGAUGAUCUUUUAUAUGUCGUGGCUGCACGCGGAGAAAUUUUUGCCUUCAAUCUGAGAGGCCCUAUUGUCACAAAAAAGUUAAUUCUGGACAGGGCAAAAAACAAUAUUUGUGAAAAUAUUUACAUUGUUCAGGCUCCUUGCGGUGAUCUGCUGCAAGUAUGGAGAUUGGAAGACGACACUGUGUAUGAUGAAGAUGUGAACGAUGCAACGUAUGAAACUCAUACUGGGAAGAUUGAUAUAUUUAAAGUUGACACAACAGCUGAAAAGCUCGUGAAAAUAAAUAGCUUGGAUGAUCAUGUCUUGGUUCUUGGGCAUAACCAAUCACUUUGUCUCACUGCUGAAGAAUAUCCACAGUUGAAGGCAAAUCGUGUCUACUUUACAGAUGAUCAUGAGUUGUAUAUUUUUGGAUGGAAGAAUAACCGUCGUGAUAUUGGAGUGUUUGACUUGGAAAAUAACAGUAGAGAGGAACUCGUAUCCCCUCAGCUUUGGUCCAACUGGCCUCCUCCCAUAUGGGUAACACCCGCACUUACUGAACUGUGCCCAACAAAAGUUCCACCGUACCCGACACCAGCUUCGACUAUACAAUUUUAUUACCCAGCGAGCCUGCGAGCCGCUUACAUUUUCUUUUGUAUUACUAUUAUAUCUGCCUACCUGAUCAGUUGGUGCUCUAUAUUGUAAAUCUGUUUUCUUCUGCUUGAAUAAUAUGACAAAACGGGGCUAUUUUGCCCUUGGUUUGUAAUCUUAUAAAUUUAUAAUCUUCUUGGUGCUG